AUGAUCGUGAGAACUUGUAUCUCCCUAAUGUUUAGUGGUAUUGUUCAGGCGUCAGCUGUGCUGCCGUCGAGAGACGCUCGUCUUAUUCGAGAUGAAGGCGUCCGCAUUCAAACGGCGGUUCCCGCAUCAUACCGUAUGGUCUUUAUGGCUAUGUCACUUUCCUUGAUGGGCAUUCUGUCCUUUUUACUAGUGCUUGUAGCAGGUCAGGGCCUCACAACAUACAAUCUCUGUCUCGUUGGGACGUGGGUGUGCCUUACUUUCUAUACAUUUACCAAGGCCACCGUAUUUCUGUUCCUCGUGGAACGCAUCCACAUUGUACGAGCACCGUUCGUACGGAGAAAGCAUGACAAAAUCUACCUCACAUGUCUUGCCAUGGUCGUCUUCAUGUUCGUCCCAGUCGUCAUCAACAGCUGUCAAAAGGCGUCGAUUCCCGUGCUCGUUGUGAACAUCGUCGUCGACGUGUGCCUCACUGGCGUCUUCUUCUACCUUCUUCGACCGGCUGUAAGAACGCAUCAGUUCUCGACGGUACCGGACGCGCUUAGACGGGUCAGCGCGCACAUUCCUUUCUCACCCAUGGUCCCCAGCCAUACGGCAGCUCAGCGCAACAUCCGUUCGUUAGUGUGGAGAAGCAUCAUUGGAAGCUUGUUGAUCGAGAUCCCUAUGAUGGCCAACAUGAUACAAUUCGUCCUCAUAGACGGCGAAGAGCUGGGAACGAUGUGUUUGGCGCUAUGCGUGGUUGAGGUCGCCUGGGACGCUCUGGUCAUUCACUGGUUAGCAUUGGGCACGUCUGAGCAAGUGGCAAAUCCCCCAAUCGAUUCGGUGCGACCAGCAAGUCGAUGGACUAUCAACACACACCAAGCACUCAUUUCGCCUGGUCAAGGAAGACAAAGCGUAGCUGGUGGAAAUCUCAGACCCUUCAGAUUAGCAAAACCGGAAAUUGUGCGAAUGAAGCCGCUCGACUCGAUGCGCAAACCUCCUUCAAGAUUAGACAUAAAUUCGACAUAUUAUUACUGAGUUGCGUGUCCUGAU